AUGGCCCCACUCGGAUACUUCUUAUUCCUCUGCAGCCUGAAGCAGGCGGUGGGCAGCUACCCAAUCUGGUGGUCCCUGGCUGUUGGUCCUCAAUACUCCUCUUUGGGCACCCAGCCCAUCCUGUGUGCCAGCAUCCCAGGGCUGGUACCCAAACAGCUGCGCUUCUGCAGGAACUAUGUCGAGAUCAUGCCCAGCGUGGCCGAGGGUGUCAAAAUUGGCAUCCGGGAAUGCCAGCACCAGUUCCGAGGCCGUCGGUGGAACUGCACCACUGUCAACAACAGCCUGGCCAUCUUUGGCCCUGUGCUCGACAAAGCCACCAGGGAGUCAGCUUUUGUCCAUGCUAUUGCCUCAGCUGGUGUGGCCUUUGCAGUGACACGCUCAUGUGCGGAGGGCUCAGCCACCAUCUGUGGCUGUAGUAGCCGUCAUCAGGGCUCACCAGGUGAAGGUUGGAAGUGGGGCGGCUGUAGUGAGGACAUCGAGUUUGGAGGCAUGGUGUCUCGGGAGUUUGCAGAUGCCCGGGAGAACAGGCCUGAUGCCCGCUCUGCUAUGAACCGUCACAACAACGAGGCUGGGCGCCAGGCCAUUGCCAGCCACAUGCAUCUCAAGUGUAAGUGCCACGGGUUGUCAGGCAGCUGCGAGGUGAAGACCUGCUGGUGGUCGCAGCCCGACUUCCGCGCCAUCGGCGACUUCCUCAAGGACAAGUACGACAGCGCCUCAGAGAUGGUGGUCGAGAAACACCGAGAGUCGCGCGGCUGGGUGGAGACCCUGCGGCCACGCUACACCUACUUCAAGGUGCCCACAGAGCGCGACCUGGUCUACUACGAAGCCUCGCCCAACUUCUGCGAGCCCAACCCGGAGACAGGCUCCUUCGGCACGCGCGACCGCACCUGCAACGUGAGCUCGCACGGCAUCGACGGCUGCGACCUGCUGUGCUGCGGCCGGGGCCACAACGCGCGCACUGAGCGGCGCAGGGAGAAGUGCCACUGCGUCUUCCACUGGUGCUGCUACGUCAGCUGCCAAGAGUGCGCGCGCGUCUACGACGUGCACACCUGCAAGUAGGCAGCGGUGACGACUCGCUCGGGUGACGGCAGGUUUGUAGGGGCAGAAGCAUACAACCAUGUUGCCGAUGGAGGACCCACAGCCUUCCUGCCACUGGCCAUUGUUUCAGAGCCUUUGUGUGGCCACUAGGCCCUCACCUUCUGACUCAUCCACCAGGCCUGAGUACGAGAGACCUCUGGACCCAUCCAGCCUGUAUCCAUGGGCCACCCUGCUGAAAGCAUCCUCAGCCUUUGCCACUGUGAAUCCUCUCUUACCCUCCAGGCAGAGGAAGGAGACAUGGCCAGAUGGGAUGCCUAAGAGCCCAGAAGAGGAGACAUGGACAUCCCCCCGCCUUGAAUUUUGUAUUUUUGGUUUUAAUUUUAUUUCCAAUGCUGCUAU